AGAAAGGAGCGAAGGGAAAGAAAGAGAGAGAGAGAGAGAGGAUAGAGCGUCGUCUGGGGAUCUGGCGGGAUCGCGAGACACCGCACACGCCGCACGCACGCCGCGAAGCGUCUCGUCCUCUCGCCCUGUCAUCAUCCACUGUUACCACUUGUAAACGUUUCGUGAUUGUGAUUGUCGUGCUCGUCCCUCGUCGUCGUCCUCGGUACCGAGAAGCGAGCCCGCCGCUGGGGAAUGGCGUCGGACGAGGAGGUCGACGAGAACUUCGCAGGAGAGGAUGACAUGGACGAGACUGGAGGGCAGAUAUCGACUGUUGGCCAGCAAGUAGAUGGGUCAUCUGAUGCUGAAGAAUCUCAAAGACUAGAGGAAGAUGACGAUUACGAGCCGGAGGAGCGAAAGAAGAAGAAGGGAAAGAAGCGAAAAGCACGUAGCGAGGAUAAGAAGGGGAAGAAAAAGAAGAAAAAGAAAAAAUCCGAUUCUGGGGAUGAGAGCGACUUCGGCGGCGGUGAGGCGGCGGGUGGUGGCGGCGGCGGUGACGCGGCCGGUGAGGAUAGCGACUACGCGGUGAACAGGAAGAGCCGAAAGUCGUCGUCCAGAAAGUCCUCCAGCCACAACACGCCGACCACUCAGAGCCAGGAGCCUACAACGGGCAUGCCGACGAUCGAAGAAGUGUGCAAUACAUUCGGUCUGACGGACGUGCAGAUUGAGUAUUCCGACGCUGAUUUCCAGAACUUGACAACGUACAAGCUGUUCCAACAACACGUCCGACCGCUCCUGGCGAAAGAGAAUCCAAAGGUCCCAAUGUCGAAACUUAUGAUGCUGGUGGCGGCCAAGUGGCGCGACUUCUCCGAAUUGAAUCCGCACACGCAACCAGACGCGGACGUGUCGUCCACGAAUGUGGACGACGACAGUAGAAACGCCAGAGCUAAUCGGAGCGGCGCUAUGCAGGAGGCCGAGGAGGAGGAGGAGGACGACGAGGACAGUGAUAGAAAGAGAAAGUCGCGAGGUUCAAGAGCGAAGAAAGGGAAGAAGGCGUCGAAAGUACCGACGCUCAAGAUCAAGCUUGGAAAGCGUAAACGAGGCAGUUCGGACGAGGAAGCGGAGGGUAGUGCCGCCGGUUCUGCGGCGGACUCGGACAUGGAGUUCGAGCAAAUGUUGGCCGACGCGGAGGAGACUCCCGGUGCCGAGGCUAGCAAGGGCACCGUCGAGGAGAGUGGGGUGGAACCGCCGGCCGAGCCACCGGUUCGCAGAAAGGCGAAGACCAAAAUUGGCAACAAGACUAAAAAGAAGAAGAAGACAAAGACAACCUCCAAGUUCCCGGAUGGAGAGGAAGGUCUCCAGACUGACCAUCAGGACUACUGCGAGGUGUGUCAACAAGGCGGCGAGAUUAUAUUGUGCGACACGUGCCCUAGAGCAUACCAUUUGGUGUGCCUAGAGCCCGAGAUGGAGGAGACACCCGAGGGGAAGUGGAGCUGUGCCCAUUGCGAAGGAGAAGGCGCGGCGGAGGACGACGACGAGCACAUGGAGUUCUGCAGAGUGUGCAAGGACGGCGGGGAAUUGCUGUGCUGCGACAGCUGUACGAGCGCAUAUCACACACACUGUCUGAACCCACCACUAUCGGAGAUCCCCGACGGCGACUGGAAAUGCCCUAGAUGCUCUUGCCCACCGUUAAGAGGAAGAGUUGCAAAAAUAUUAACCUGGAGAUGGAAAGAGUGCUCAGAUACUCCAUCGGAGGAACCAUCCACGAGCAAGGCUGCGCCUAAGCAAAGAAAGAUGCGUGAAUUCUUUGUCAAGUGGGCCGACAUGUCUUACUGGCAUUGCGAUUGGAUAACAGAGCUGCAGCUUGACGUUUUUCAUCCUCUUAUGUACAGGAAUUACUAUCGUAAAUAUGAUAUGGACGAACCACCGAAAUUGGAGGAACCGUUGGACGAAAGUGACACUCGUGUGAAGCGUUUGAAGGAGCAGGACGGCGCCACCAAUAGGGACGAUUACAAUUUGGAGGAGCGUUUCUAUCGUUACGGUGUACGUCCGGAGUGGAUGGUGGUUCACAGGGUGAUCAAUCAUCGAUUGCAGAGAGACGGCCGGGCCACGUAUCUUGUCAAGUGGCGGGAGCUCGGCUACGACCAGGCAACGUGGGAGGACGAGCACGCGGAUAUCCCCGGCUUGAAGCAGGCUAUAGAAUACUACCUGGAUCUCAGAGCCGCCAACUGUUGCGACGGCAGUUCGUCGCGUAAAGGGAAGAAAGGUAAAGGCAAGAAAUCCAAAACGCGCGAGCUGAUCGACGACGAGGAGAGAACGCCGAAACGUUACACACCACCGCCGGACAAACCCACGACGGAUCUCAAGAAGAAAUACGAGAGACAGCCAGAGUACUUGGAUCUAACCGGAAUGCAGUUGCAUCAUUAUCAAUUAGAGGGUCUAAAUUGGUUGAGAUAUUCAUGGGGCCAAGGCAUAGACACGAUUUUGGCCGACGAGAUGGGCCUGGGAAAAACCAUUCAGACCAUAACAUUCUUGUAUUCCUUGUACAAAGAAGGCCAUUGCAAAGGGCCCUUUUUGGUCUCCGUUCCUUUGUCCACCAUCAUCAAUUGGGAGCGUGAAUUCGAGACCUGGGCACCUGACUUCUACUGCGUUACUUACGUGGGCGACAAGGACAGCCGUAUCGUGAUUCGUGAAAAUGAAUUGUCGUUCGAAGAGGGUGCCGUGCGUAGCGGACGCGCCUCCAAGAUCCGGUCGUCCUCGAUCAAGUUCAACGUCUUGCUCACGAGCUACGAGCUCAUCUCGAUAGACUCGGCGUGUUUAGGCUCCAUCGAUUGGGCCGUAUUAGUCGUGGACGAAGCUCACAGAUUGAAGUCCAAUCAGUCCAAGUUCUUCAGAUUACUGGCAUCCUACAACAUUGCGUAUAAACUUUUGCUAACUGGUACCCCGCUGCAAAACAAUUUGGAGGAAUUGUUCCACCUGUUGAAUUUCUUAUGUCGCGACAAAUUCAACGAUCUAGCGGCGUUCCAAAACGAAUUCGCGGACAUCUCGAAGGAAGAUCAAGUUAAGAAGCUACACGAGAUGCUCGGUCCGCACAUGCUGAGGAGAUUGAAAGCUGACGUAUUGAAGAACAUGCCUAGCAAAUCCGAAUUUAUCGUACGUGUUGAAUUGUCGCCGAUGCAGAAGAAAUAUUACAAGUACAUACUGACGAGAAACUUCGAGGCUCUCAAUCCGAAGGGAGGUGGUCAGCAAGUGUCAUUGUUAAAUAUAAUGAUGGAUCUCAAGAAAUGCUGCAAUCACCCGUAUUUGUUCCCCGCCGCGUCGCAAGAGGCGCCGACCGGGCCGAACGGAAGUUACGAGACGUCGGCUCUGAUUAAAGCGGCAGGCAAAUUGGUUCUGUUGAGUAAAAUGCUUAAGAAACUGCGAGACGACGGGCAUCGAGUUCUCAUAUUCUCUCAAAUGACGAAGAUGUUGGAUAUCCUCGAGGAUUAUUUGGAGGGCGAAGGAUACAAGUACGAAAGAAUAGACGGCAAUAUAACGGGUGCGCAGCGUCAAGAAGCUAUCGACAGAUUUAAUGCUCCUGGCAAACGAGUACGAAAACAAGUCAAUUAUACGGAUGGUGGUGUGACUGGCGACCAAGGCGCGAGAGAUGACCAACCGUGGCAGGAGAAUCUGUCGGAUUAUAACAGCGACUUCAGCGCGCCAAGCGACGACGACAAGGAGGACGAUGAUUUCGACGAGAAGGGCGACGGGGACUUGUUGUCGCGCAGAAGCAGACGAAGACUGGAGAGACGCGAUGAGAAGGAUAGACCUCUGCCGCCUCUACUUGCCAGAGUAAAUGGAAAUAUCGAGGUAUUAGGUUUUAAUGCUAGACAACGGAAAGCAUUUCUUAAUGCAAUUAUGCGUUAUGGAAUGCCGCCUCAGGACGCUUUCAAUUCUCAGUGGUUGGUGCGCGACCUGCGUGGCAAGUCGGAGAAAAAUUUCAAAGCCUACGUGUCACUCUUCAUGCGACAUCUCUGCGAACCAGGUGCUGACAAUGCGGAAACAUUCGCUGACGGCGUUCCACGAGAAGGACUCAGCCGGCAGCAUGUAUUAACGAGAAUCGGCGUCAUGUCCUUGAUUAGGAAGAAGGUACAGGAAUUCGAACACAUCAACGGCUAUUAUUCAAUGCCGGAGAUGAUACGCAAACCAGUGGAGCCCGUCAAAGUUGGAGAAGCAGUUGGAGAUGCAGCGACAGGUACCAGUAGCACCAGCGCUACCCCAGCCACUUCGAAUGCUCCCAGCCCGAGCCCCGCUGCCACGCCAACUCCGACUUCCACUUCUGGUGCAGGCAAUGAAACUAACAAAGCGAAUUCCGAUGUAUCUGAAGUUAAGGAAUGUAAAGAUGAGCCAAAGGAUAAAGAGAGUGGUGAUGCGAAAGACUCGAAAGAAGAUCCGAAAAGUUCUAAGGAGGAUGAGGAAACGAGUUCUGAUAAGGACAAGGAAAAGGAGGACUCCAAAAAGGAGGAGAAAGACGCUGAAACGGAGACGGCGGACAAAGAGAAGGACAAAUCCGACGUGAAGGACGAGAAGGCCGCAGCGAAGCACGACGAUAAAGCGGAGAACAGCGAGAAUAAGAAAUCCGAACCGGAGGAAGAUGUUGUUAUCGUUAAGGACGACGAAGAAGAAGUUGAGAAGCGAGAGGAGAAGGAUAACAAAGAGAAGGAGACCAAGGACUCUGAUCCAGAAGUGAUGAAACCCAAGCGUAAAUUCAUGUUCAACAUUGCCGACGGCGGUUUUACGGAAUUGCACACGCUCUGGUUGAACGAAGAAAAGGCCGCGGUGCCGGGCCGUGAAUACGACAUCUGGCAUCGCCGUCAUGAUUAUUGGCUCUUAGCUGGCAUCGUCACGCAUGGUUACGGCCGCUGGCAAGACAUUCAAAAUGACAUUCGAUUUGCAAUCAUCAACGAGCCAUUUAAGAUGGACAUGGGAAAGGGUAACUUUUUGGAGAUAAAGAAUAAGUUUUUGGCGAGGCGCUUUAAACUCCUGGAACAGGCGUUGGUAAUCGAAGAGCAAUUAAGGCGGGCCGCCUACUUGAAUCUCACGCAAGAUCCUAAUCACCCUGCCAUGAGUCUUAAUGCGCGAUUCGCCGAGGUUGAGUGUCUUGCUGAAUCCCAUCAGCAUCUAAGCAAGGAGAGUCUCGCCGGUAAUAAGCCGGCAAACGCGGUAUUGCAUAAGGUAUUAAAUCAAUUGGAGGAGUUGCUGUCUGACAUGAAAUCAGACGUGAGUCGUUUGCCAGCAACUCUGGCCCGUAUCCCACCGGUCGCCCAGAGACUCCAGAUGUCGGAGAGGUCGAUACUGAGUCGCCUGGCGGCCACGGCACCCGGUGGCACGAGUUCUCAGACCGGGCAGGCUGCACUACUGGCGCAGCAGUUCCCGGCCGGUUUCUCCGGAGGACAAUUGCCGGCCACCUUCGCGGGUGCUGUUAAUUUCGGGAACUUUAGACCACAAUACUCAGUUCCGGGGCAACCACCGCAAGGCUUUACAGCCUGAAUGUUAAGUGUUGGAACACAGUGGCUCAAACAAGAACUCAAAAUAGCGCAAAUUGAACUGUCUCGCGAGAAUCGUUUGCGCUGUAACAUUAUUUUUCGUAAAUUGCAGUUUUUAGCUGAAUUUUUCUAGAAAAAAAAAAAGGAUACGAGAGAUUUCCAGGUGAAAACGUAAUACAUUACAAAUCGAGUUGCAUUACUUCUGUAUUUAUUACGUGUACAUUCGGCAUCUAGAUUCAAGAUUUCACAUUCUUUGUAUUUAUACAUGCGUUCUUUAUGUAGGAAACGACAUAGAUUAUUUUCUUAAGUUUUUUUUUUUUUUUUUUUUUAAGGAUUUGAUUUCCUUCUAGCUCUUAAUGUAUUGCACGUAGAAAACGUAAAACGAGUACAUUAUUUACUUAAGUCUAUUUAAGACCUUUUAGUUUAUAAUGUCAAAGUUUCUCCAUGUCGUCACUUUUUAAGGUGCUCUUUAGUUAAAAAAAAAAAAAGAUACAUCUGUCACCUGUAAUUUAUUCACGGAAAUUAGCGACAAUAGGGUUACGCGCGAGCGAUUAAACUUUCGGAACAUCUCCACGAUACUCGUAAGGCCCGCGGUUCAUUUCGAAUUGUUCGGCAUACGGUGAAUAACGGCAAUCACUUUACGCGCGUCAAGACUGACAUUUGGACAAUGUGUAGCUAAGAAACUCUUGCUGCAUGAUGCACUUAUCGUAAUGCAUGGGUUGUAGAGGAUUUUAAGAUGAUGCAGAUUUCCUUCCUCCAUAGGUAAAAAUUCACAAUGAUUAAAAUUAAAAGUUGCUGCAAAUAUUUGCUGCUUUAAUUGUAUAUUAUUAAAUAUAUCUCGCGUGAACUUUCGACAAGAGAGGAAAAAUGCGGAUCUCACCUAAGGUAGAGAUCUUUUUUUUUUUCUCUACUUUUUCUUGAUUUUUGAUGGCAUUUUUUACUACUUAAGAAAAAUAAGCAUACUAUUUUAGUGCCCCCUAGUGAAAAACAGAGAACCUUUCUUUUGUAUCGAUUAUUGUAUUAAGGUAAGGGAUAAUGCAUUUUGUGACAUUCGGAAAUAGAUGUACGACAGCUGUCUCUAUUCUAUGUGCGAACGUGUGACAUCGAUAAUGUAUCUCUGUACAUAUAUGAUCAUCAUAUUUAUAAAGAGGAACCACAUUCGGUAAUUGCCAAUUCAACGCAUAUUAAAACUUGUAAAUUGUGAGAGAGAAAUUCGUGUCCCAUGCAUUACUGUAGAGUGGACUAAUGCAAUGAGGCAACAAGAUACGACGGGAUCUUAUAUAAGCGUAUACGUAUCGUUCAGUCUUUUCUACCCCGUUUCGAAACAAAAAAAAAUCACAUUUUAAUUUUUUUUCGUUAACGAACUCGCCAAAUCACUGCUCUUGGCACACCUAAGUUUCCAUUUAAGGGUUUAGCUACGGAAUUUGAAGGACGAUUUGAGGAAAAGCAGACGGAGUGAAUGGAAUAUUAUUAAAAAGAAACAAAAAAAGAAUCGUUUGUGUAUGUACUAGAUUUACUGGAAUAAAUUAAUAAUAAUUAGAA